AUGUCAUCAAAGUAUCUACCAGCCUCCAAUCCGGUCAAAUCGUUUUGGCUAACGGCUGAGGUCGAUUUCAAAGAUCUCAGAUCGACAGAAGAGCUCCCAGCUGAAGCUGAUAUUGUCAUAGUGGGAUCAGGAUAUGCCGGAUCCACUAUGGCAUACUACCUGAUGCAAGAACAAUUUAGUGGAUCAAUGGUGAUGUUGGAAGCUAGAGACGUGUGCACAGGAGCAACAGCUCGUAAUGGUGGUCAUCUGAAACCAAGUCUUUAUUAUUCGCACAAGUCCUGGAAACAUCGCUACGGCGAAAAGGGAGCAGCUGAGAUUGUGAACUUCGAGCAUGCUCACCUCAAGGCUGUCAAAGAAAUCAUUGAACAAGAAAAGAUUGACUGUGAUUUUGUUUUGACUCGUUCAUGCGAUGUCCACCUUACAAAAACUGCCGAGCAAGAUUGUAUCGACAAUUACUACGAUAUGAUGAGGAACCCAUACAUCACCUGCAAGCACGACACCCAAAUUCUCUUCGGCGAGGCAGCAAAAAACAUCUCCCACGUCGUUGACUCAAACGUGUGCGUUACGUUUACUGCUGGUCAACUGUGGCCUUACAAACUGAUGACCUCUCUACUAAGAAAAUGUCUGGAAAAGGGUUUAAAUCUUCAGACCAACACUCCUGUGCUGGGAACUGAAAAGCGCGCCGGAAAAUGGCUUGUCAAAACCUCUAGAGGAACGAUUCUGGCAAAGAAGGUUGUUUUUGCCACCAAUGCCUACACUGCUUCCGUGGAGCCAAAAUUUGAGAACAAGAUUGUUCCAAUCAAAGGUAUGUGUAGCCACAUUACCCCGGAGAACCGUCCAGCUCAUUUGAAUAAUACCUACGGAAUCCGGUACGAUGGAGCAGAUCAAGAUUACCUGAUCAACCGCCCUGACGGAUCCGUUAUUGUCGGAGGUGCGAAGAAGCACAUUUUCCCGUUCAAGAAUCUCUUCUACAAUGUGGUCGAUGACAGCACUCUGGUUCCUGGAAGCGAGCGAUACUUUGACGGCUACAUGAAGCGGUUCCAUACCUGGGAUACCACCAAAGCUACAACUGAUUAUGUUUGGAGCGGAAUUUUGGGUUACACUGACGACUCUUUCCCGUAUGUCGGAGAAAUGCCUCAUGAGGAGGGUAAAUUUGUUAUUGCAGGGUUCCACGGACACGGCAUGCCAAGAGUGUUGUUAUCUUCAAAGGCUCUCGCCAAAGCUGUUUUGGGCAAAGAUAAGAAUCUUGCAAUUCCAUCCGCAUUCAAAUUAAGCGAACAAAGAUUGAAGCAAACGAAUAAUCGCAUCUUACAAUCUUUGGGAACACCCGAGGCAAAGCUCUAA